GAAGUGGCCGACCCCUCAUUGCAUUAGCAUACAUUACCGUUAAAGUGCAGUUAGAUCUCAUCGAAUGGUGAAAAUUAGUUUAAAUCACUCUUAAAUUUGAUUAUAAAAAAUUGUUAAAAUCAAAUGCAUUAAAUCGUUAAACUAUGUGGUUGACAAAUGAAAAAGUAAAAAAACCAACUCAGCUACAAUGCUUCAUAUGGAAUAUCCACACCAAGCUAUCUAUGCACCGUUAAAUCAGGUGAUUACUGAUUCCGACGAGGACUCUGAGGAAGAGAUUCAUAACAGCACAAAGCAUCCAAAGCAUCAAAUAUACCACCAAAAUCAAGUGAAUCAGAACGGAAGUGCUUGUAAAAAAGAGCCCCCAAAAAGUCUCGCCCUACAACAGCUGCAAAGCAACUUAAAUACGGCACAUAUCACGAGUAAUCAUUCGCUUCCAGCAACAAUUGUAGUCAACCACUCGAUUAAUAAGCAAAGACCAGAGUCACGGCCCAGCAGCUACACCACGAAUAUGCAAAACUCAUUCCGAUCCGUCAUGAUGUCCGACAUAGGCUUGAAUGACCGUGCCAGUAGUUUUUCCAGUUUUAACAGCGACUACGACGAACGUCAUCAUAUUGACGCAGAUAACGUAGCUAUUUUAGGGCGUGGCAGUUCAAAAGAUCUCAGUAGUCAUGAGCCCAUGUCACCUGCACGUCGCUGUUGCUUUAUAUCUUCAUUGUUCUUGUGCGUACUUGCUGUUUUUGGUUUCGUUUGGUUGGUGCCCUGCAAUAAUACAUGCCCCGCCUUUGUGGAUCAAGUACGAACACACAAUUGGCUCAACAACUAUACGAAAAUCGAGCUCAAGGGAGGCGUUCACAUUGUCAGCGGAUUGCGAAAUUGGGAGAAUAAUUUAAUAUUCUUGUAUCGUGGCGAUGCUUUCUUCCCGAAUAGCAAUAAUGCAAAACGUAAUGGAAUUAUCUCAUUAAUAGGAAAUUCCGGCGCAGUGGCAUGGUACGAUGAAAUGGUUGAUGAGCCUGUGGCCAUUGAUUGUACACUCAUUGAUGUAGAUCGCAAUGGGCGUUCGGAUUGUUUGGUGCUCGAUGAAUUUGGUGAAUUGCGUUCAAUCGAUCCAAUUUCAGGUCAAUGGCACUGGCAUUACAAAGAACGUUCGCCGCAUAGAGUAGAUGCAUUAGACUUUCCAGUCAUACUGCCGGACUUAGAUGGUGAUGGUGUGCUAGAGAUAUUGAUGGUAACCAGUAUGCCCUUCGAAAUGCGCACACGCAAUCUUGUGUACAAGGGUGAACUACGAGCUGGUAACCAUAGAGUUGAGGAAAGGAAUUUUUUGCGCAUACUCUCUGGCCGCAACGGCAAGCCAAUGGGCGAUGGCUUUAAGGUGCAAGACUGCGAUAUAGUUCAUAAGCUACAAUUGGAAAAUUCGCAAAAAAUAACAUUUAACUGUUGGCUGAACAAUACCGAGGCUCAACGAUCGAAAAACUUAGCAGACUUAUUUGCACUCAUAACUAACAAAUCAAUAGCAACAGGACAAAAGCUAUUGCCGGCAUCCAAAAUUGCACAGCAUCGUCAUUACGGCCAACGCAAGGAAAUUGACGCGCAACGCAAUAUUUACUCACUUAGUGGACGCGAACUAGUGGUGGAAAAUCGUGGUAAAUGCCCCGACGAUUGCAACGUUACAUUCGUGCUACGCGAAACGCGCAAUAACAAAACUUUUAUAUUGCGAAAUUUCACCGAAUCGGCAAUGUAUGGCAUGGUACCGGCACAAUGGCAUUUCAAAAACAGAGAAAAAGAAAAAUCGGGCUUUAUAAUCAAAUUUUGGAAAUGGAAUAACCCCAAAGAAGCACUUAAUGAGGCAUUCAAAGAGAAUAACACCAUGGCCUCAGCUAAUAAUGCGAACAAUGCGCGCAACUCAGCGACAUUCGCAAAUAAAAAGGCCAAGUCCCACAUUGCCAAAGAAAAUACAACAAAAACAACAAAGCAAAACCAUAUUACAUCAAAUAAAACCAAGCGACAAAGUGUGAAUGAGAAAUCACGCAGUGAAGAGUUGGUGCACGACUUUCCCACCAAACCGUUCAGCGCAUUCGAUCAUCUAAUAAAGAAAAGGCGCACGUAUACUUUACCGCUAGGGGAGCAGAAUGUUACCCGCCUGCGGCGCAGCAGUAGCAGUAAUUUACUGCUCAACAAUUACAAAAUGCAAAUGAUUACAGAAACUGUAAUGCUGGUGAUUUUCGUUGGCGCCGAGUAUAGCAUUGAAAAUACCUCGCAGAGCAACAUCGUGCAAUUCUGUCGUAAUGAUCAUAACGAGGUUAUAUGCCAACCGGAUCUGAACAAUCAGGAGAACUCGAUGCUAAUUGCCGAUUUUGAUAUGGAUGGUUCACAAGAAUUGGUAUCAUAUUCAUCAACUUUCACACAGCAUGGCGAUGAUCCGGAAGAUUGGAGGUUGGUAACCUAUGUGCGAUUGUUGCGAAUGCAAGCGGAGUUACCUGGUAUAUAUGGAGAGAAGCAAAUCGAUUAAAAUAGAAUAGAAGCGCAUGGAUGAUGAUGAUGAUAAAUGAGGAAGCGACAUUUUGUAGCCAAAUGUUAAAAAUACUCAUUCAUACAUACAUACAUAUGUAGUAUAUCAAAUUGUUCUC